AUGGCGACAAUCCAGGAAUUGUUGGCUACAAAGGCUUCUGGACCUUCACAACAAACGCAAUAUAUUGACACGGUAGAAGCAUACGAUAAAUGGGCAGAGGUGUACGAUACAGAUGGCAACUUCCUCCAACGCCUCGACACAAUCGAAAUGCGCACUCUACUACCCCAAUUCAUCGACAGGGUAAGCAAGCGCUUCCAACCAAGCCCACCAGAGACAGAGACCAAGGAAAUCCGCCCUAGCCUAGUAGACCUAGGCUGCGGCACCGGCCGCAACACAAUCCAACUUCUUUCCACGCUAAGCACGGCCAACAAAGCCACUUCCUUCUCUGUAAUCGGACUGGAUGCCUCACGCGGGAUGCUAGACGUAGCGCGGACUGCGACACGUGAGUUUGCGACUAAAAGCGCAGUGCAGACGGAUCUUGAGCUUGGUAUUCUUGACCUCCUUCAACCCGAGCUAUCAAAGACACAACUUCCGUGUUCGUUGAAGGGAUCCGGUGCUGUUGGUGUGAUAUCUACGCUGGUUCUGGAACAUAUCCCGCUAGAGCGGUUUUUGCUGCUGCUGCGGGGAUUAUGA